CGAAACCCGGGGUUGCGUCCGGCAUUUCCCUUAAGAUCCGCUUGCCGCGGAGGAGGAUUGGGGAUUUUUUGGUUGAUUGAAUUGCGUUUUAUCUUUUGAGAUCCUUUCUUUCUUCUUUCUCCAUCCUCACGGUCAUUCUCUUCGUACAGAACAAGUCCCGGACGCUCGACAGCAUCGCAAUUGACAACAGCGACCGGCCACCGAGAAUCCACCGAGUAGACCACCAGCUAGCUCGGCGAUAUCUACAGAUCUCACCGAAAACUUGAGAACCAACUUCGCAGCCAUGGCUUCGCCUAUCCCCCGCGGUAUCAAGCAGGUGCUCCAGAAGACGCCCAACGACAUUGUCAUUCUGUCCUCCCUGCGAACUCCCGUCACCCGCGCCAAGAAGGGCGGCUUCAAGGAUGCCUACCCCGAAGAGCUACUCUCCCAUGUACUCCGCGCUACAUUGAAGGCCAACCCCAACCUCGACCCUGCUCUGAUCGACGAUGUCACCAUCGGCUCCGUGCUGCAGGAGCUCGGUGGCGCCAAGGCUGGCCGUAUGGCCCAGGUUCACGCCGGUUUCCCUCACUCCGUGCCCUUCAACACCAUCAACCGCCAGUGCUCGUCCGGUCUGGCCGCUAUCACGGCCGUUUCCUACGGCAUUCGCGCCGGCGCCAUCAAUGUCGGUGUCGGUGGUGGUAUGGAGUCUAUGACCCGCAACUACGGCUCUCGCGCUAUCCCUACCGUCCUCUGGCCCGAGCUGAAGGAUUCCCCCUCCAAGGAUGCUCGCGACUGCAUCAUGCCCAUGGGUAUUACUUCUGAGAACGUCGCUUCGCGCUACGGCAUCUCCCGCGCUGACCAGGACGAGUUUGCCGCUGCGUCACACCACAAGGCCUCCGCCGCCCAGAAGGCUGGCCGCUUCGAUAGCGAGAUCGUCCCCGUCACCACCAGGUCCUACGCCGCCGAGAACCCCGAUGCUGCCCCCGAGGAGAUCACCGUGACCCAGGACGACGGUAUCCGCCACAACAUCUCCGUCGAGAAGAUGGCUUCUCUCAAGCCCGCCUUCUCCGCUGACGGUGCUAGCACCGCCGGUAACAGCUCCCAGGUCAGCGACGGUGCCGCCGCCGCUCUGCUGAUGCGCCGUUCUACUGCCGAGGAGCUCGGUCUGUCCGGAUCUAUCAAGGGUCGCUGGGUCGCUACCGCCAUUGCAGGCUGUGCCCCCGAUGAGAUGGGUGUUGGUCCCGCCGUUGCUAUCCCCAAGUUGCUCGAGACCACUGGCCUGAGCGUCGCCGAUGUCGGUGUCUGGGAGAUCAACGAGGCCUUCGCCUCCCAGGCUCUGUACAGCAUCCGCAAGUUGGGAAUUGACCAGGCCAAGGUUAACCCCAAUGGUGGUGCUAUUGCUAUCGGUCACCCUCUCGGUGCUACCGGUGCCCGCCAGCUGGCUGAUCUGCUGCCCGAGCUGGAGCGCAGCGGCCAGGAUAUCGGUGUUGUCAGCAUGUGCAUUGGUACUGGCAUGGGUAUGGCCGGUAUGUUUGUUCGCGAGUAAAAAAAUGCCUCUUUCUGGUGCUGGGGUCCUGUUCUAUAUUCCAUUUUUUAUGUUAUAGUAUGAUAUGAGCGAUGCAUGUCUAUAUACAUUUCGCGUACAAUGAUUGUUUUCAGCUUCUUAAUCUUGUUCCUUCGACCGACUCUGGUUGUAAUACGUCCCUAUCUAUCACUGAACCUCGCGACUACUCGGAGCCUCGCGGCCAUGUCUUUCAUCCACUUGAAUUGGAGGCGCCCUAGUUCUAUCUUCACGCCUUAUAUAUCGUU